CUAAAUGAAUAUUCAUAAAUAAUUUCAUUUAAUUAUAGAAAUUUUGAAAGAGUACAUAUUUAAAUAUUCAUAAUUUCAAAAAAAAUAAUUAUCGAUGGUAUUUUAUUUCAAUCCAUUUGAUUCGGACAUAAUAUUUUUCAAUAUUGGACCAGCCGGACUGAAGGCCUAAACUAUGUUGUCCAAAAUCGAAUCUAAAUCUAUUCGGCCCAUCUUUCAUUCAUUAGGCCCAACAGGUGAUGAACCGAUUGUAACACCUUACCUAAUUACCCAUAGGCCAACGGUCCUCAGAUCCAACGCCGCCGAACCGGGGAAAUGUCGACGGCGACGGCGACGGCGAAACGGAUGAAUGAAAUGGCUUCAGAUCCAUACUAUCUUCUCCACUUCAUUGCAUUCUUCUCCUACAUCCCUCUGCGCUGCUCCGCCGCCUGUUUUCUCCUUCCCUCUCGCUCAUCUCUCCUCCUCAAGCGCGAAAUUCAAGCAGUUGUUGCUUUUACUGUGAUAUCUGUUGUGAAGACUGUGAGGGCGGAAACAUGGCAGACUGUCAUUUCAGAUACUCUGUUUUUUGCAAAGAUUUUUCUUACAGCACUCGCUUUAGUAAUGGAUUAUCAUUUGGCAUUCGGGUACGCAUUGGUAUUCAUAGUUACACAUAUUCUAACACAACAGCCUCCGUAUGAAGGUUUAGGCAAUUCAAUCCAAUUAACCCCGCUGCACUUGGAGGCUUUGCUUACUGAAGGAAACACUUCAAGAUUUUGGUUGGUUGGUAUAAUGAAUCAUAUUUUCUAUUUUAAACGGAAUCCUUUUGAAUAUUGAUACCCACUCUAUGACUCUUAGUAUCAUAAUAUGGCAUCAUCACUCCUCACCCUUGGAUCUCAGUUAAAGCACAUCUAUGGUCCAUAUCAAGUCAUUUUUUUCUAGUUAGGUUCCGUCUCCUAGAAGGUCGAAUCCAAGUGUGAGAUUUUUUCAAAGGUAUAGAGGAGCUCUCUACCUAUAUAUGAUUUCUUCAACGAUGCGGGCGAAGCUUCCUGACCCGACUUUCAUCCUUCUUGAAACCAAGUAGAAUUUCGCGCAUUGUCUACAUCGACUUGUAUAUGUACCAGUUCGUUUUUCCCUGAACUCUCAAUUACAUAUUCAAACAAAAAUUUAUCGUUUGGGGUGGUUGAUCUUGGUCUCUUCCCAAAUGCUGCAGAAAAGUUUGAAAUCUCGUUGGCACGUUUGAACCAACUUCCACUGUAUAUACUAUUUGAGAAUGGAACUGAGGUCACACGUUUUCCUGAGUUAGAUUUUCAGGGAACAGUUUUCAGCUCUUCCAUUACAAAGAAACUUUUAUGCAAGCACUUUGAACUUGACAAGCGGCUUCUGGAUUACAUUGUCGGCAAGUAGAGAAAUGAGAGACUCGCUGGAAAAAUGGAGGGUUGUUACGCAGCACAUUAGUCGGUCUAGACCAUUAAAAUGCAGGCUUUUCAGCUUCUCAUUCAAAAAAUUUAAUCUCGUCCCGGAGACAGUAGCAGCACGAGAACAGAUUUCUCGAACGGGGGUCAAAAAAAGACCGCGCGCUAUUUCUGUGCAAUGCACAUGAGCUGUGAUUGUAAUGUAUUUCUCUGUCUUUGCUUUUGUUUAUUUACAUUCUAAAAUCUAAAUGAUAUACCACAUAACCAUAAGUUAGAUUAGUUUUACGUCCCAACUCAACCCAACUCUUGAACCAGUAAAACUGAAAGAUAAAU